GAUAUUUCUAGCAUGAUCCUAUCUCUUCCUUUCACAUUCUCCAGCUCCAAAUUGCAGUCUUGGAUUGUAAUAUUGGAGCUGUGAGAGAAUGGUGAUCAUAACUGAUGAGAUGAUCAGACACUUUUUCAAGCUAAUGGAAGAAAUCCAUGAGCCACUAAAAGACACCUUCAAGAAUGUUCAUCAAGGGUAUCCAAAUGAAACUCUGAAGAGAUUUCUGAAAGCAAGAGAUGGGGACGUGGAUAAGGCUUAUAAAAUGCUAGUUGAUUUCUUAGAAUGGAGGAUACUGAAUGAAAUCGACACCAUAUUGACUAAACCCAUUCCUGUUGAUUUGUAUAGAGCUUUGCGUGAAACUCAACUAAUAGGAUUAUCCGGUUAUUCUAAAGAGGGUCUUCCUGUUAUUGCUGUUGGUGCGGGUCUCAGCACCUAUGAUAAAGCCUCUGUGGAAUACUAUGUCCGAUCACAUAUCCAGAUGAAUGAAUACAGAGAUCGUGUAAUAUUGCCACAAGCCUCUAUAAAAUUUGGACGGCACAUUGCAACAUGUUUGAAGAUUAUUGACAUGACUGGCCUAAGGCUUACGGCACUUAGCCAAAUUAAACUGUUGACUGUCAUUUUGAACAUUGAUGACCUGAACUACCCUGAGAAGAACGAAACAUACUAUGUUACCAAUGCCCCCUACAUAUUCUCGGCGUGCUGGAAGGUUGUGAGGCCACUCCUGCAAGAAAGAACAAAGAAGAAAAUACAAGUGCUUCAAGGUUCUGGCAAAGAUGAGUUGUUGAAGAUAAUAGAUUAUGGUUCUCUCCCACAUUUUUGCAAACGAGAAGGCUCUGGAUCAUCACGACAUUCCAGGAACGGAAUGAGCGAUGAUUGUUUCUCAUUUGACCAUGACUUCCAUCAAGAAUUUUAUAAUUUCAUUAAAAAGCAAGCUGAGCUAACAAAAUCUACAAGACCCAUAAUCAAACAAGGGUCUUUACAUAUUGACUUCCCCGAAUCUAGUGCAUGUGAUGUCAAGAUUGUUGAAACCAUAGAGACAGAGUUACAAAGACUCGGUAAUCAAAACUGUCUCUAAACGAUGUCUCUAAACGAUGAUCUCAGUGUCCUGUUUAUCUUUAUAAUAGAUUUUUACUGAAUGGCUCAACAAAUGAGCUAGAGUUUCUAUGUUGCAACAAAAAAAACUCUGUUGUAAGUUUCUUUAAAUCCGUUGUGUUUGAUGUCAUGAACUUGUAAUUGUUUUGUAAUUGUUUCGUUCCGUUUUAUCUGUAAAAUCAAGUCUUACUCAUGUUGGUUU